GAACCACCACCAACGAGGAGCUGGAGGACAUGUUGGAGAGCGGCAAGCUGGCCAUCUUCACCGAUGAUAUUAAAAUGGACUCACAGAUGACGAAGCAGGCUCUGAACGAAAUCGAGACCCGACACACCGAGAUCAUCAAGCUGGAAAACAGCAUCCGUGAGCUGCACGACAUGUUCGUGGAUAUGGCCAUGCUGGUCGAGAGCCAGGGAGAGAUGAUCGACAGAAUUGAGUACAACGUGGAACACUCCGUCGACUACGUGGAGCGAGCCGUGUCUGACACCAAGAAGGCCGUCAAAUACCAGAGCCAGGCUCGCAAGAAGAAGAUCAUGAUCAUCAUCUGCUGCGUCAUCCUGGGCGUGGUCCUGGCGUCAACCAUAGGUGGCACGCUGGGCUUCUAAGACGCUUCGCCACCUGCCGCUGUGAUGACCGACACCGACCGACCGUCCGACUGACAGCCAGCAGAGAAAAGAAACACCAAUGACGACAACAACACAAAAACUUGAAACACAAAUGCAAGACAGAAAACCUAUUAGCUAGGAAGAGAUAACAGUCCAAUCACAGAUAAGAGGAAACACCAGGGGGUUGGGUGGGGUUCAAAAACGAAGACAAAAUAAUACAAUAAAAACACCAUCGCAUUAUAGCUGACAUAAAUACAUAACAUAUAAACAGAGGGCACAAAUAGUCUGACUAUUUAUCACAGAUGUAUGUGUACAUGUGUUGAACGUGAAGCAACACAUGGGUUAGCUACCUGUGAAAGAUUAUGAGCUAUAAUAGGACUUUUACUAGUUUGUUUGUUUGUUUUACUUUGUUCUUAUUUUUUAAGUUUCUUUCGUUUUUCGAGAGUCUCCGAGGACAGCGAUGGCGACUGCUGCUGUUUCUGCGGGACGAGCGUUCCAGAGACAACCUUUGUUUGUUUCUUUUCUGGUAACUAAUAAAUAAGCUCAUGUCUUUCUACUACAGAACGUUCACCUCCAUCUUUUCAGCUCCAUCAGAACCUUCCAAAGCUCUGGAACUUUGGAACAGAAGGUUCGAGAGCGCAGAUGUGAGUGAAGCAAGGUUCUGGAACUUUGUCCCGCAGGACGAGCACCCUUUGCUUUGGGUAGAACCAACUUUGUCUCGUUGUUUCUGGGAGGGAGGGCCAGACUUCGCCGUUGCCUCAGCCAUCUCUUAAGACCAUCCCUCAUUGGUUGCUCACUCCUGUCAUUCACCUCAGUCAGCCUGUAAAAUCUGCUCUGACCACAGUAGUUAUAAACAUGAAGGAGCAUGACAGUCAGCCAGUUGAUUGGUGCUACGGGUUUCCAUGACAACAACCUCCCACCUCGAGCCACAACCACCGAGCGUGGGGAGGGAGGCCCUCUGGUGGUAGAACAUGUUGACUGACGGGUGAAUGGUGGGAAAGAACAGAGGUGGGAGGAUUUAACGGAAGGUGGGAGGAGACAGACGGUCAAUCUAUGCAGUUUAGAUGAGAGGAACACGAAUUGUCCCGCCUCUCCCGCCUAGACAGCCAAUGAAGAUAGUGGGUUCACAUUACGCACCGAGAGGCUCAUCGUGCUGAUCGCUGAGAUAUCGUAGUCAAGGCCGGCUGUUGUCUCCACAACUGUCACAACUGUUCUUCCGGAAGAUUCUAAAAAAGGAAGAAUACAUUAAAAAAUAAAGAAUAAAAUAAAGUAAAAUGAAACAUUUUAAAAACGUACAAACAAGUCAGACAACAAAGCAGAUGGACAGAAAACGUAGAAAACCCAGAAGAGGCUGGUGUGCCCCGGUCACCUGAGUGUUGUGGUAAAUUGUUGCUUUUUCGUUUUUUAAAGGGGAACGUUUGUUGCUUCGUUGUUCUAUGGUGCUGCUGUUUUAGUGCGUGCGUGACGUGUCUGUGACGUAUCGGCCUCAUCAUUUAGCGGUUGUUGUUUAGUCCGUAUGGUUUGAUGCAUUUGCCUGUUUCCUACCUGCAUCCCCGUGUGUAUGUGUGUGUAUGUGUGUGUAUGUGUGUGUGUGUGUGUGUGUGUGUGUGUGUGUGGUUUUAACUCACACUAUUUGAAUGCCUGACCUACACAGGUGCUACUGAACAGGAGAGGAUUUGUUCCUCCGUGGAAGGUGGAACAUGUGACACACACACAUUCAUAAACAUUCACAACACAGGACACGCAUGAACAUUCAAUGUUUCACACAGACACACUGGAAAUUCCCCCUUAACACACACACCUAACGUUCCCAUGUCCCACGUCAUGCCAACGCUAGUGUUAGACUGUGUGGCUUAGCAUGCUGUAGCGUUAGCUUGUGUAGAUUAUGUAGAAGCUGCUUGUUGGAGAUUGAUUCAGGCUUUUGGUCUUUUGAUGUUAAAGAGAUUUUCCUGAUUUUCAGAACAACCAGUGAGAGAAUGAAGAAACUUCUUCACCUUGUGGCCUGACAAAACAUAAUGUUAAAGUUAGCUUCACUCUCUUAGCUGAUUGCUAAUUAGUUUGUAAGCAAGUAGCUAGCUUAUAAGAUUAUAGUUGUCAAGCUAUUUAAAUAAACAGCUAACAGCGGUAAAACAUUUGGACACUGCAAACAUGUAGCAAUUUACAGAAAGCAAAAAACACCCCCUCUGUGUUAGCAGUAGCAGUUAUCAGACAUCUCUGCUUCUUUUUACACAAACGACGCUGAAAAGAACGUGCUAAUUUGAAAUAGUCUAAUCAUGACUUACUGACAGAAACAAGUUAGUCAUCUCUGUAAUUUGAGUAUUGUGUUAACGUCAACACGGCUCCAGACUGAGACAACAUACAUGUGCAUUAAAUUUCAAAACUAUUUGUUGUAAAAGCUCGUGUUGUUCCGUUGCUGAUAAUGUGAUCUGUGUUGAGAAGUAACACAAAUGUGUGUGUUGCCCCAAACUGAACAAACAGGUUUGCUAAAAAUUGUGGUGUUGUAGUGUGAAGGAGAAAGUUCGUCUGUGCACAGGCUCUGUGAUACGAGGGUUCACCGACUUCUGUUGAGGCCUGUGCUGGACGAUCUUUCACCGUCACACCGCUAUCACUGUCAGGUUAGCCAUAACCAUAAAUACCACCUUAAAUUAAUCCUACACUCAAAGCAAUAGUUACCGAAGAAGUAGCUAGCUCACUCUGUCUUGAAUCUACCCCAAGUUUAGAAGCUAUCGAGCUGGGACGUUUUCUGAUGUCUACAUUCGUUCUCUGGAUGAAUGCUACACUGACAAGAUGCUAGAGCAUAAUAUGGUGUUUGACAACGAUCGUUAGCCACCAUCAAAGCGACGGCAUGACUAAUAAUACUUAAGAUCACGCUAGCUGCUUUUUCAAGGCUUCCAGGGCGACAUGCAGAUGUGACGAAAUAGUCACUGUGGAAUAUUUUGAUAUUUUAUCGGGAGUCCGUGCUGUAACGUCUGUGAUGAUGAGUUUGCCAGAUGAAAAAAAAAGGAUAUGGAUUUUUAUGUUUGGAGAUUAUUGUUAUUUUAUUCUUUUACUUCUCAAACCAAAAUUUUACCUGUGUCCAGGAAAGCAAAGAGCCCCAACCCCUUCAAGCAGCAACGUCCAAUAGAUGUUUGUUCAGAUUCAUAGUAGAUUUAGAUGAAUUAAGCACUUUUCUCUGCUAAUGUGUUGUCAAUGUUCAUGGCUACAUUCAGUCUUUAUGAGUGGUUUCCAAGUGGUUUUGUUGGAGUGUGCUAUCAACAUUAGAAAUCAGAUGUUGUUCCCCCUGUAAUCAAAUCCUGUGUGUGCUCGAUUCUACAUUUCCCAGGUGUCUUGUUCUAUUUCUGAGCUAUUUCAUAAUUGUAACACAUAUUUGGGGAAUUCACAAAUCCAGAAAACUGCUGUUUUCAAAUUCAAUACAUUUGACUCCACCAAUCACGGUGCUUUUUCGUCACCUGCCUGCGGCAUCCUUAAGUCGGCCACACAAAAGUCAACUCAGUUACAUGUUCUCAAUGGUUGAUGGUUGUUGAGGUGACGUCACGGUCGUGGUGGUGUGCCUGGUUAGGUGGUGGUGAUUGCAGUGGAUAAAAUCAGUGACGUGUGGAUGCAGUCGUAACACCAGCUAGCUUGUUAGCAUUGACAUUUCUUUGUUGUAUGUAUAUGUGUGUUUUCUGUAAAGUUCCUGUUCCAUCAGGCCCUGCCCCCUUCCUGCAGGGACAGAAAACACGGACAAACAUCACAAGCGCAUAAAGAAUUUAAGGUUAGAACCACUCGGUGAAGGUUCGGAAGUUUGUCCAAGUGUUCGGUUCCCUGUUCUGCUGUCAUCCCUCCUCCCAUUUGUUUUGUAGUUGUUUGAUUGUUCAAAAAGAUGUUGUUAAGGCUCGGGACUCUGCCCCUUACCUUCCCCAGCAGACCCCACAAAUUCUGUUGUGUGUAAUAAUAAUAAUAAUAAUAAUAAUACAGGCAUGCAAAAGCAGUGUGGAGUUUGCAUGAUGGUGUUUUUUGUACCCCAACCCCAAGCAGCCCGCCACCUCAUGCACUUUACCACUUAUCGGACCCAUCUCUGGUUAGCACUACUUAACUCGUCUGAUGUUUCAAUUAUUUGUAUUUCAUUUAAACGUUAAACACACGUUGGCGCUCAGUGUCAACAUGUUGUUUGGAACAUAUUGUUGGAACAGCGUGGAAAAGUUGAUAUUUAAAUGUGAAAGGCUGAAUUUUCAAAUAUGCUGCCAUCAACCUCAUCUUUACUGCUUUCCCCCCAAACCUGAUGUGGACCUCCAGACCUCUUGUCUGGUCACACCCCACUGUGUUGUGUUUUUGUGGAGGACUUGUUCCUGCUAUUUUUGAUUAUUGUAUUAAGUGUGGGACCCUCGACCUGUGGGCUGACUUCAUGUCGCCCCCACCUGGCCUUGUGUGUGUGCAGCAUGCCUCCCUUCCUCUUCAGUGAAACAAGGUGCAUAAAUGUGCGAGUGUGUAUGUGUGUGUGUGUUUGUAUCAGAGCAGCACAGGUUUGUUUUGAUGUGCAAAGCAUCCGAUCGCAGGUUCACGGGUUGCAGCAGUUUGACGGAAAGAAAUAAGAGAUCGGACAUAUUUAUGGACGCCAUGAUCACUGUUAUUGUUAUAUUUAUGAAAAUUCAAACCAAAGGGUUUUUUGCUUUCCCCUCUUGCGUUCUCAAAAUGUUUGCCGCUAAUAUCAAAGAGCACAACGCGAGUCAAGUUUACACUGAGUUUUACGUCCAAAAUGAAAAAGUAUAAAGUAGAAUAGAACAUGUACCAUAACUAUAAAAACAAAAGCCCAGCUCCCCCUGUCCAACACCAUCCCUCACUGCAUGUUGGUCUGUCCAAUCAAAUCUAACAAACCUAUCCAAUACUUAUCUCACACCACAAAAACGAUGUCUGGCUCCACCCCACCUUUCCUUUCCACUUGUAGAUGUUAGUUUGUCAUCACAUGAAAAAAAAUCGCAUUCGUACAUUUAUCCAUUUGAGACAUAUAAGGAGACAAUGGUGGUGCUUUCUUAUUCUAUUAAUUAAUUGCUGUUAAUCUUGUUUUUUUUGGUGUCAUUAUUUUGUGUACACCUUGUUUGCCAGUCUUUGAGUUCACACUACAGGUCAAUGCUUGUCUGCAGGUUUGAAGGAUUUGCUAGCACAUCAGUCGAGGGACUGAGAUAACUGGACAAAGCUUCUUCACUGUGUUUGUGUGCAAACAAUAGUAAAUCUCACUAAGAUGGCGGUCGGGUAAAUUCCGAUGAAGCAGUGCUAGCUAACAAUGCUUUGUUAUAAUUGAUUGAAAUGUCACCACUCAAUUUUUUCUGUUGUUUGACUCAUUACCUCGACUGCAUUCUGCUCGGAAUGCACCAAACUAUUACAAUUGGAGAUUCGUAGAAAAGUCAGAUGUUUACCAAGUGUGACAUCUUUGCCUUUAUUAAAACAAAUGCAAGUUAUGCAACACGAAUGUCGUGAUUUAUCGACUCUGCUGUGCCACACGUAGGUUUGAUCAGAAAUCUUUGAGGUCUGUGCACAUCGUCCUAUUCUCUCAUCCAAUCAGUGUGGAGAUAUUCGUCUAGGCAGCUACAUUAGCAGUUAGUCUAAAACUAGUCAAAUUAGUUAAUUUUAAUUUUUGCAGCAGGAUGUCGUACAGCGACCUGCAUCGGCUGGUUUUUGGUCAAUUGAUCAUAUAAAUUGCAUCCAGAGCACCUGUACAGAUCACUGUUGAGCACAUAACAUGUAAUUGUACUGCAACUGAAAAGAAA